AUGACCAUUCCGGAAGAGGUCGAUAUAAUUAUUUGUGGUGGUGGUAGUUCGGGAUGUGUGCCCGCUGGUCGCCUUGCCAAUCUCGACCAUAACCUCUCGGUGUUGUUGAUUGAGGCUGGGGAAGACAACUUGAACAACCCAUGGGUCUUCCGUCCGGGUAUCUAUCCCAACAACAUGAAACUUGACUCGAAGACGGCCUCUUUCUAUCACUCUCGUCCUUCGGAACAUCUAGAUGGACGGCGAGCUAUCGUUCCAUGUGCCAACAUUCUUGGUGGCGGAAGCUCCGUCAAUUUUAUGAUGUAUACCAGAGCAUCAGCGUCCGACUACGAUGACUUUCAAGCAAAGGGUUGGACAACAAAGGAGCUCUUGCCUCUCAUGAAGAAGUAUGAGACUUACCAACGCUCUUCGAAUAACCGCGAUUUGCAUGGUUUCAGCGGGCCCAUCAAGGUGUCUUUCGGCAACUACACCUACCCAAUCACGCAGGACUUCUUGCGUGCUGUUGAAACCCAGGGGAUUCCGGUCACUGACGAUCUCCAAGAUUUGACCACCGCUCAUGGUGCAGAACAUUGGUUGAAGUGGAUAAACAGAGACACCGGUCGUCGAAGUGAUGCUGCUCAUGCGUAUGUUCACAGCACUAGAGCUCAACACUCAAAUCUGCACUUGAGAUGUAACACCAAGGUGGAAAGAAUAAUCAUCGAAAAUGGUCGCGCCGUUGGCGUUGUAACUGUACCCACCAAGCAUCUCGGCGGUGGUGAACCUAUUCGCAAGAUAUACCGAGCGCGGAAACAAAUUAUUCUUAGCGGUGGGACUCUAAGCUCGCCCUUGAUUUUGCAAAGAUCUGGUGUUGGUGACCCUGAAAAGCUUCGCCGUGCUGGUGUCGAGCCUAUUGUGAAUCUUCCAGGAGUUGGCCGAAACUUCCAGGACCAUUACCUCACUUUCUCUGUUUUCAGGGCGAAACCUGAUGUUGAAACGUUCGAUGACUUUCUCCGAGGUGAUCCCAAAGUCCAAAAGAAGGUGUUUGAAGAAUGGAAUCUUAAGGGAACUGGCCCGUUGGCAACAAAUGGUAUCGAUGCUGGUGUUAAGAUUCGACCGACAAAGGAAGAGCUCGACGAGAUGAAAAAGUGGCCCACGCCUGAGUUUGACGCUGGGUGGGAGUCAUAUUUCAAGAAUAAGCCUGAUAAACCUGUGAUGCAUUAUUCGGUUAUCUCUGGAUGGUUUGGCGACCACAUGCUCAUGCCCCCGGGCAAGUUCUUUACGAUGUUCCACUUCUUAGAAUAUCCAUUUUCGCGUGGAUUUACCCAUAUUCAAUCUGCUGAUCCGUAUGAGGAACCUGACUUCGACGCUGGCUUUAUGAAUGACAAGCGUGAUAUGGCCCCGAUGGUCUGGGGCUAUAUCAAGUCUCGCGAGACCGCUCGACGCAUGAAUGCUUAUGCUGGAGAGGUCACAGGAAUGCAUCCUCACUUUGCUUAUGAUUCCCCCGCUCGCACGCGGGAUCUCGACCUUGCAACAACAAAGGCUUAUGCUGGCCCAAAUCAUAUUUCUGCUGGAAUUCAGCAUGGUUCAUGGUCGGAACCUCUGCAGCCUGGAAAGCAGUCUUCGGCCUCAACUUUGAACUCCAACCGACACGAAGCCCGUGAGCCCCUUCAGUACAGCAAGGAGGAUGUUGAGCAUAUCGAGAAGUGGGUGAAACGCCACGUCGAAACUACGUGGCAUUGCCUCGGCACAUGUAGUAUGGCUCCACGGGAGGGCAGCUCCAUUGCCCCACACGGAGGUGUCGUAGACGAACGAUUGAAUGUCCAUGGAGUCAAGGGGCUGAAGGUCUGCGAUCUUUCAAUCUGCCCAGACAAUGUUGGGUGCAAUACAUUCAGCACUGCUCUCUUGAUUGGUGAAAAAUGUGCAACUUUGGUUGCAGAGGAUUUGGGCUACUCGGGCGCGGCUCUGGCAAUGGACGUGCCGACCUAUCAUGCCCCUGGUGAGUUUUCCCAUCUUUCCAGACUGUAA